AUGGACACACUAAAGCAACUGCACAUCAAUAUUCCUUUAGUAUAUGCUCUGGUACAAAUUCCAAGUUAUGGGAAAUUUAUGAAAGACCUCUUGUCCAAGAAGAAGAAGCUCACUGAUAUUAAAACUAUUGCACUCACAGAAGGCUGUAGUGCUGUUUUGAAAAACAAGUUGCCCCUUAAAUUGAAAGAUCCUGGGAGCUUUACCAUCCCAUGUUCAAUUGGCAAUCAUUAUUUGGGUAAGGCUUUAUGCGACUUGGGAGCUAGCAUUAACCUAAUGCCACAAUCUACUUUCAGAAAGUUGGGAAUUGGUCACAUGAAAUAUACUACAGUAACAUUACAACUAGUCGAUCGAUUCUUGGCUCAACCUGAAGGGAACAUAAAAGACGUCUUAUUUCGAGUGGAUAAAUUCAUUUUUCUGACUGAUUUUAUCAUACUUGAUUGCGAGGGAAACGAGGAGGUUCCCAUAAUCUUGGGACGACAAUUUUUAGCCACAGGUCAAACUCUUAUUGAUGUUUACAAAGGUGAACUAACCAUGCGACUUAAUGAUGAGCAAGUCACCUCCAGUGUUUUUGAAUCGAUUCAAUACAAUAACAAAGAAGAAUGCCAUACAGUUGAUGUGCUAGAUGAUCUAAUUGAGGAAGAGUUCAAUGACCAAAGCACAGUACUUUCUGAAGAGUUUACAGUGAAAUUUGAGGUCGAAUCCUUAGAUGAUUGUGAUAGCAUGGUUCAAGCUAAUAAUCUUAAACUCAAGCAUGGAUGGCAGAUUGAAUCCUUAGACCUAGUCAAUAGAACAACCCCAAUUUUCAAACCAUCUAUUGAAGAAGCUCCUACUCUGGAAUUAAAACCACUGCCUCAUCAUCUUAAAUAUGUCUUUCUAGCUAACCACAAUCUCCCAAUUAUUGUCUCCGCAACACUGGAUGUAACUUAA